AUGUCCAUCGUUCAGCCUCCAAGGAUCAAUCCUACUAGGCCAAUGAGUAUUUACGCAACUCCACCAUUGGACCCGCCUUCAGACUCUCCUGAUUCUGCUGAAGACACCAAUGGCGAGGAUAGUGACGACCACAGGUCUAUUCAGAUACUGAACCUCUCCUUUACCCCACCAAGUUCAAUUGGCUCACACUCGGCAGAGAAGCCCACUGUCCUUACACCCAGGACGGAGCACAAGUUCUUUAGUUAUUUCCAGCAAAGUGCAGCUUCAACUCCACGGACUUUGGCUGACUCUACUUUUGAGUCCCCGCUGAAGCCUAUGCUUGAGUCACCAGCAAAAUUGGGUAAAUCGUUUCAAAGUCACCCUGGGGCCAAAAACUCAGCACCGCCAUCUCCGGUACUGCAAAAGACAUCUUCAUUUUCAUCAAAACUCUUCAAAAAAAUUUCAAUUCGGUUAACGAGAGGUGCGGCCGAUUCUCCACCAUCAGCCACCAUCAACAACGUCAACACCAACAUUAACAUUAGCACCAGCACUACAUCCACGAGACGUACCAAGAGCACCAAAAGCACCAAGAACUAUGUCUUGACACGUGAAAACUCGAUGAAAACCCUGGGCAAGAAAAACUCAGAACAACUGCCUCUGUCUGGACUGUCUGGACUGCCUAGACUGCCUAGACUGCCCUUGUACUCGGGCUUUACGUCACUGCCACGCUCCGAAUACCCAUCCCCUACGAUACCAUCGAUAAACGACUACAACCAAUCCCAAGCCACUAUCGAAACCUCGUUUUCGGGCUACUCGCUAGAGCCGGUGCCCGAGUCGCGCUCGUCAGAGUAUGAAGAAGCAAGCUCUCUUUACGAUACAACCAUGGAAACGCUUGGAUCCUUUGGCAUUAGCACCAUUGGCUUGAUACCUCCAAUAAAACGCUCUUCAGCUUCUGUAUCAGCAGCAUCACCACCACCACAUCAACGCCCGCAGUCUGAGCUUUUCAGAUCGAGCCCCUCGCUACGCAGCAACGCGUUGCAUUCAUCCUCAUACCCCAAGCGCUCAAAUAGCUCCAAGUCCACGUCGAGACACUCACCCAGACGCAACGAUUCCGUGGAGGCAUUGCUGGUGCCCUCCAACAUCAAAAGAGAAGCAAGCACCAAGACGACGCUGAGCAGGCCUCUGUCGCGUCGCCAUGCGUCACCUUCGAAACGCGGCGCAACCAACGACCCAACUCCAUUAUCCGCAUCAUCUUUUUCAUCAUCCUCGUCGUCACUUCUACGCCAGCAACAGCAGCAACAACAAAAUGGAGGAGGAAGAGGAGAAUCAAUACUCAAACUCAACAUCUACAUAGACGACAACAACAACAACAACUGCGCCAAUAUGAAGUUCAACGCCGCAGGUGAGCCACGCAUCGACCCCUACGACGACAACUUUAUUGCCCUUCGUUUGCGCAAGGACAAACUCCGCAAUAUCAACGAAUUGAUCAAUGUCAUUAUCUUCAAAAUCAUGAACAAGCGCAAGAAUGUGCGGUUGAACGAUAUCAAGUUGAGUAUUUUUUUCAAGGAUCCAAAUUUGAAGCCUAUUGUGUUGAAAAAGAGAAUCGAUGAGCAUGCGUCGCGCGCAAGCUUGGUUAGCGUUGGUGCUGCUGGCAAGGAAGUCGAUUUGAACAACGAUGAUUUACUUUUGGACUAUGUGCAAUUGAAACAUAAGUUAUACAUCCGAGCCCAGUUUUAA